AUGGUUUUAACCCAUCUCCUUGAUUUCUGGGCGAUGCUAUACCACUGCCUACCGGGUCUGAUCAAUAUAGGUCAGCACACCCCAGCCGGUCAUUUACUGACAUAUCGGACAAACGGCCUUCUGGCAUGGGUCGUAACUCAUGCUGCUUUCGUCAUCAUGUGUUGGCUGGGUCUCCUAGAUCCCGCUUUCAUUCCGCGUAACUGGGAAGGACUGUUUGCCACCAUGAAUCUUUGUGGUAUUAUUCUUUCUUUGCCCGCGUACCUUAAGGCAUAUCUGAUGCCUACACAUCUGGAAGACUGGAAGUUUAGUGGCUGCGCUUUCUAUGACUUCUAUAUGGGCAUUGAACUCAAUCCCCGGAUUGGGGAUUACUUCGACCUCAAGCUUUACACCAAUGGAAGACCUGGCCUGAUUGCAUGGACACUAGUAGACUUGUCGAACAUUGCAUACCACUAUCAGACAUACCACCACUUUAACCCAUCUCUAAUUCUCAUCACGAUUCUCCACGGUAUCUAUGUGCUUGACUUCUUCAUCAACGAAGCCUGGUACCUCCGCACAAUUGACAUCGCCCACGACCACUACGGCUUCUACCUCGCCUGGGGCUGCCUCACCUGGGUCCCUUCCAUGUACACCUUACAAAGUCAAUAUGUCGGCCUCUACUCCACUUCAGCCUCUCCGAUCUUCCUAAUACUCAUCUUCAGCCUGGGUCUUGCGGGCUACAUCUUCGGCUGGUGGGGAUGGUCCCGUCAUGCCAAUUAUGUUGGGGACUUGCUGCUGAGCUUUGCCAUGUGUGCGCUUGUUCACACUACCUCACUCCUGGUCUGGUUCUAUGUCAUUUUUAUGGUGAUCUUACUGGUGCACCGGUGCCUCCGGGAUGAAGAAAGAGGGCAGGCAAAAUAUGGGGUAUUCUGGUUGGAAUACUGUCGAAGAGUGCCCUGGCGACUUGUGCCUGGAAUCUGGUGA